AUGGCAAUGGCUAAACCUGAGACACUACAAACGGUGAAAAGCAUCAUUGCAAAGCAAUUAUCUAUUGAUGAUAGCUCCGUCAGUCCUGACACCAAGUUUGCUGACUUGGGCGCUGACUCCCUUGACACGGUGGAGAUAAUGAUGGCUUUGGAAGAACAAUUUGGGGUGUCAAUUGGAGAAGGUGGAGCAGAGAAUAUUGCGACGGUUCAAGACGCCGCAGACCUCAUUGAGAAAGUCAAGGCCGCAGCCGCAUAAACCGAAAAACACCUUAAUACACUUUUCGUCUUCAAUUCUCUUCAUGGACAAAUUUUCUACCAUUUUUUCUUCUUCCCUUUUUGAGAGAAAAAGAAAGAAAAAAUUGAUGUAAUUCAUCAUUGAGUCUAAAUUUCUCUGUGUCUCUGUUUUUUUCUUUUUUGUAUUCUACGGCU